GCGCAGGAAGGAGGUGGUGGAAGUCCCGGAGGAAGAGGAAGAGGAUGACGAUGAGGAGGAUGAGAGGCUCCGACAAGAGGAGGAUCAACGAGCGGAGAUGAGGGCCAAAAAGAGAGGAGCCCGGGAGGAGGCGGAGUGAAGCCUGCCCGACAGCGUGCCUAAGAGGAAGAAGUACGCGGUCCGGAUGGAGGAAGGCUUUGAUGUGGCGCGGAUGGUGGACAAGCUCCUGGAAGGCCAUAAUGACUUGAUGAACCUAAAGGACAUCCUGGCGUCGGCGCCAAGGCUCCGUGGUGAGUUGAAGGGACGACUGUCGCGAAGGCUGGUGCCAAAUGUCCAUCUGAGUACGGUCCUGCCAAGAGAGGUGGAGUGGACAGAGGCAGGGACAAGGAUGGAUUGCAAAUGUGUGGCGUGCGGGCAGGUGGAUCUGGUGAUAAAGAACCAGAAUUGCACUGGGAUGGUGGACACGGGCGCAGAGAUGAACAUCAUCAGGGAGAAGGAGGCCGUGAUGAUAGGCAUGGAGAUCGACCGCUCGGACCAUGGCAUGUUGCAUGGUGCUAACUGCAAGGCCGCCUUUUGCGGCACAACGUCAAAUGUGAUUAUAGAGAUUGGGAAGGACGGAAAUGUUGAUCUUCAUAAGCACGACGAAACAAUGAUCCUCCUCCUGUGCGACCCGGCGUGUGGGAAUUAUGAAAUUAUCACCUGCCGAAACACGGGGCCGGGGAGCGGGAGGAAUAGGCCCAAUCCAGGCUCGUUCACCUUUGAGGAGUCAGAGAACGAGCGGAGACGGCUUUGGGAAGUGCCCGAGGAGGAAGAUAGGGCUGAGGUGCUGACAUUGAGCGUCACGGAUGUGAAUAAGGCCAUGGAGGUGGUAUCGGCUCACGACAUGGCGGAUCCGGAGGCCAUUAAGGCAUUGAGGGAACAAGUUUUGGAGAACCCUCAGGAGUUGCAACGGCUAAAUGCGGUGACAGUGCGGGACGCGAGAGGAUUGCCGAACGCGGACGCAUUGUCAGAAUCGUGCGCAGGGAGGCCUAUAAUCUCGCUUAUAGACCGCUACUCGAGGUAUGACCAAUUCCCUGUAUACCCGCCAGACAGACCUGUAACGGCAAUGCACAUUCCCAGAGGGCUGAUUCAUAUGAACGUGGCGCCUCAAGGUUGGACGAAUGUAGUGGCGAUGGUGCAAAGGCAUAUAACCAGAGCCAUGCACACGUUCAGCCCACAUAUCACUCAACCCUAUAUCGAUGACCUGGAGGUCAAAGGUCCGAAGGAGAAGGAGGAAGACGAAGUGAUGCCCGGUGUGCGGCGCUUUGUCUGGAAGCAUGUUCAAGACAUUGAUCAAGUUCUGGGGUUAUUGGAAGAACAUAACUUGAUGGCGGGCGGCCCCAAGUCGAAACAUUGUAUGAGGGAGGCCACGAUUCUAGGUUUUGUCUGUAAUGUGAGUGGGCGAAGAUCUGAUGUAAAAAAAACAGACAAGAUUCUUGAGUGGCCGGUGCCCUUCCGUUCGAUGACGGAUGUGAGGAGCUUUCUUGGGACGUGCGAAUUUUGGAGGAGCUUCGUGAAAGACUUUGCCACGAAGACGGAGCAUUUAAGGAAGUUGGUGCGUCAGGAUCAAGAAUGGGUCUGGGGCGAAGACCAGGAAGAGGCGGUCAGUAGGAUGAAAGGAGAGUUUAAGGAAGGAGGUUUGGUAUUGGGAUCGCCAAACUAUGAGGCCACGGAGGAAAGACCAUUCGUCAUUGAGACGGACGCUGGGCCAACUGCCUUGGGAGGAGUCUUGAUUCAGGCAGAUACUGAGGGGAAGGAGAGGUCGCUAAGAUUCGAAAGUCGCACCCUCAAUACAACUGAGAGGAACUACUUUCAGUUUAAGAAGGAAACGUUGGUGGUACUUCAUUGCCUAAGGACCUUUCAGAACUAUGUUUUUGGCAGGAGGCUCAUCCUGAGGGUGGACCCUACUGCACUAGCAUGUUCCCUGAAGAAUUAUACUCCAUCUGACCCAACCGUCGCAAGAUGGUUGACCUACAUUUGGAUGUUUAAUUUCGAGCUGGAAAUGAUUCCUGGGAACAAGAACACAGCAGAUGGGUUAAGCCGCAUCAACUGGGAUGGAUCGGACGAGGAAUCGAUAGAAGACACGCCGCCAGUUGAUGGUUUUUUGGAUCAAGAGGAGGACGUCCGCCUGCACAUAAACGAAUGGUCCCUGCGAGUGCCCAGUUGCGUCAGUCACCCCAUAUGGCUGGCACCAAAGGGGUACGAGCAGAAGGAAGAGUUAGUCCUCAAGCCCUUUCAGGAGGAGGAUCCGUGGGGAAGUAAAGAUGUUGGUUGGAUGAUGAAGUUGGGGUUGGCAGGUACGCACAGUCAGGUGGAGGAACUGAGGGCAAUAGAGGAAGGCCCCACUCAGGUAGAGGAGCAUGAGCAGCUAAUGGGAGGGAUGUACCUGCUCACCAAUACGCUCCUGCAAGGAGACUUCGACCGAAAGGGCUCGUUCAGUCACGAGGAGAAUGAGAUUCUGGUUCCUGAAAGCCGGGACGACGAAUUCGAGGAAGGAGAAAUCAAGGAGGCGUUUCGGACGGAGGAGUAUGAUGGGAUCUACCAGGAAUUGGGGUUGCUCCUAUCAUGUGAGAUGAGGGAUAGAGAUGCGAGAGCCAAGGCACAGAACAUGAGGCACCUCUAUGUGAUGCUGAGGGCUUCGUCGAUGGGACUGAAUGGAUUGCCUAUUCGAUUGGAGGAAGGCAAUGCGGAGGAGUUCAUUCUGACCUAUGAGCAGUAUAUGCGCGACCAGGGGACUGGGCAGGAGGAUUGGAUGCAGAUGCUGCCCCUCUGGACACGGAGGGCGGAGAGGUCGUUGGCGAGGCAGAUCCGGGACAGGGCACACGACUGGGAGGACUGCCAGGCCAUGUUGAGACAGGCAUUUCGACGACUGGAGUCCGAGAGGCCGGAGCCCAGGGUGGAGAGACGACAAAGGAGUAAGAGGCCGCGGGGCCCAGAGAGGGUCCCGCGCUGCCAUGUCCGGUGCCGGACCGAUGCGCUCGACACGGGGUCAGUCUUGGUGAGCUGCAUCGAGGAGUAUUACCUGCGCUAUCCUUUCGUCAGGGAAUUUGUAAUGGACAGAGGAUCGGAGUUUACCUGUCAGGAGGUGCAAGAGUUGUUACCAAGGUCUGACUUUACGAAGACAACCAUGUCGAGAGGAGGGAAGGGGACACGGCUGCCUCGGAGGCCGUUGGGGGCAUCAGGAGGAUAUGAGCGGCAUGGGCCUCGCCAUCGAGAGAGUACUCUGGUCUACGAUGAUGGGGACAUCGAGCUAUUCCUGGAUAGUUUCUGGGAGCAUGCGAGGCGUAUGGGCUGGACCGUGGCCCAGGCAAUCGAGAGACUGAGGGGAGAAGGCAGGUUCGAGGAGCCCAUUGCCAGGAUUCGUAGGAAGGCGACGACGGGGCAGGAGGUGGAGACGAGGAUGGAGGAGUUGCGACCCUCGCCUGUGGGACCAGAUGGCAGGCCGAUCCAUCUAGAAAUCGAAAAUGUGGCAGACUUUAUCCCUGCCUUCGAGUGGUUCAUGCAGGGGCAGGGUAUACCGAGAGAUGAGUGGGCGAGGACACACCUAGCAGCUUAUGCCCUGGAGCACCCAGACCUGGAAGAGCCAGCACCUGCAGAGCCGCGCCAGGAGCCGUGCCAGCCCGAGAAGGAGAUGGAGGCAGAGAUCCCGGAGAGGGUCGACCUCCGCACGAGGGAAAGAGCGUCAGUUGGAGAGACAGCAGAGGAAAAGAGGGCGAGAAGAACCAGGAGGAUAAACGAGAUAUGGCAAGAGAGGCAGAGGUUAGAGGCAGCGGGGGAGCUUCCAGAGCAGCAGCAGGAGAGGCAGAGAUCGGAGGCAGCAGGGACGCUCCCAGGGAAUAAGAUAAAGGAAACAAGCCAUGGAGUACGCCUGGAGGCUAUGGAGAUGGAAAUCCAGGAACUCAGGGCAUUGGUGGUCAGCCAGACAACUAUCAUUCAGAGCCUGAGGCAGCAAGCCCUGGGAAAGGUGGACAAGCCAGAGAGCAGCAGGAAGGGAGAGCAGAGGCAGCCAGGACAUGGAUUACCAGGACAGCCAUCUGCAGCAGAGCCUCGCCAUGAGCCACCUAUGGGGAGAGUGAUCCUGGAGCCAGAGGAGGCGAGAGCCCAGAGGCAGGCGGAGAGAGAGGCGUUCGAGUUCAGAGCCCCUACCGAGCUCGCGACGCUGCCAGUGGUGGCGGCAGACCCGGUCGUACCUUUGGCAGUAGAGGAGGGGCGGCCACCAUCUAGCAGUGAGCCGGCUCAAGGCUCAGGAAAGGGAUCCAUGGGUGUGCUCCUUGAGGCGGUACAUACUAUGCAGGAGGAGGUGAGUUUGUUUUCACCCGAGCAGAGGAUAGAGGAGCCUCUUGAGAGAGAGAUGGGGAUUGAGGCGGAGGGUGCCAUUGAGGGCGGGCUCCAGAGGUUGGGCACACCUGAGUAUGGACCAGAGGAGAUUGAGAAGCAGCCCAUGGCACUGCCAGGAGAGACACUCGAGAGGAGACCUCAAAGGUUGGACACGCCUGAGUACGUCCCAUCGACAUAGGAUUUGAGGAAUAGACUGGGAUCUUGGGUUACUGGAUUUGGGUCUGGGGAACCGGUUCCUGGUAUAG